AUGCCUCUUGAGGUUUCUGCUAGGUUAGACCGAGAAAAAGCUAUUUAUCUCGCGGGCGAGACUAUUCAGGUGACGGUGACGAUUAAAAAUAUCUCGACAAAGGGCAAACAAGUCGAACAAUUGGCAUGGGGAAGUGUGCAAUUUGCUUGCGAGCGCACAAUGGGGGCUUCGACGUCGUCUUCAAUUCGUCAAAGACCUACAACGGCAAUGACGCGAUCAGCGUCAACGGUUUAUUCGUCUCCUCCAAAUAUUAUGUUUUGUGAGCUGAAAUUAGCUCCUGGACAAGAGAAAAAAUUUAUUUGUGAUAUUCAUCUUUCGCGAAAUUUAAUUCCUCCGACAUAUCGCGGUUUUCAUAUCAAAUAUUCAAGCCGUUUAACGAUCGCGGUCUCACAUAUUCAAUCGCACAUCAAUUUGAGGCAUAUUCAAAUAAGAAUCAUUCCUUCUGUUGGUUUAGAAACAAAAUUAUCUCUUCCAUCAAAUCCAUUUUUGGCGUCGACUAUGACUAGACCGACAAUUGUUGAGACUGUGAUGGCCACAGUUGAUGAAUUGACAAUGUCGAGGAAAUCGCAAGCAUUCGCUCUAACCCAUGCAACGUCGAAAGUUGCUCUUUUGACUCUGCCGAAAAAGGCUUAUCGCCUUGGGGAAGAUGUGUGCGCUUAUCUGGAUUUUUCCGAUUCAAACACGCCUUGCAUUCAAUAUUCUGCGACGAUUGAAACAGAAGAAAAGAUAAUUGAUGCUCACGUGGGUGAAGAAACUAACAAAAAAACUUCUGUAAAAGUACAUGACCAAACGGCUCCAGUAUGCACGUUUUCACCAGAUUCAACAUUCCGAUUAAGCAUUCCUCUAACUGCUGUUCCGACAUUCUCUACCGAUUCAGUUCAAUUGAAAUGGAGAAUUCGCUUUAUAUUUGUUGUAACGGAUCAGCCGUACAAACUUCGCGUUGAGAAUGGUGUUCCUGUUUCAAGUGCACCAAUUGAUGUUCCGGUCGAAUCAUUUUCGUGGUCCACGGAAAUUCUUGUGCUUCCUUGCAAACCGCAAAAUGUCGCGUUGUUAGACCAUUCAUUCCCAAACAACACAUCCUUAACAGUUUAA